CUGUCGCUCAACGCCGGUCCUCGCCUAAAACCUAAAACCCUAAACCCUCUGCACAGGGAUUGGGAAGAAGAAAACCCAACAAUAUAAACUUUUUCUAACUUUUUUUCUUUCAAUUCUGGAAUAAUGGAGCAAAGAUUGGGAAAUACAUGGCGAAUGACAGUGAAUGAGAAGAAGUUCAUAGAAUCUGCUUUAGAAUCUGAACUAAGAGUUGAUGGUCGCCGUCCUUUUGAUUAUCGAGCCCUCACUAUCAAGUUCGGCAGAGAAGAUGGUUCAUCAGAAGUUCAACUAGGGCAAACUCAUAUUAUGAGUUUUGUUACGUCGCAACUAGUGCAACCUUAUCGAGAUCGACCAAACGAAGGAACUCUUUCAGUAUUUACUGAGUUUUCACCAAUGGCGGAUCCUUCUUUUGAGGCAGGUCGUCCUUCAGAGUCUGCUGUUGAGUUGGGUCGCAUUAUUGACAGAGGGUUAAGGGAAAGUAGGGCUGUGGACACUGAAUCACUCUGUGUUGUGGCUGGGAAGUGGGUGUGGUCAAUUCGUAUUGAUCUCCAUAUUUUGGACAAUGGAGGUAAUCUUGUUGAUGCUGCCAAUAUUGCUGCUUUAGCUGCGCUUUUGACAUUUCGGAGGCCUGAAUGUACACUAGGAGGAGAUGACGGGCAGGAAGUGACACUGCAUCCACCCGAGGUGAGGGAGCCACUUCCCUUGGUUGUACACCAUCUACCUAUAGCAGUAACUUUUGCAUUUAUUGGAGACGAGCAUAUGGUUAUAGAUCCAACACAUCAUGAAGAAGCUGUUAUGGGAGGAAGAAUGUCCGUCACCCUGAAUGCAAAUGGUGAUGUCUGUGCAAUUCAAAAAGCUGGAGGACAUGGUGUCAUGCAAAGUGUUGUCAUGCAGUGUCUACGCAUAGCAUCAGUAAAAGCCGGAGAUAUAACUAGCAAAAUUAAAACAGUUGUUGAAUCUUAUAAAACAGAGAGAGCUCUCAGAAUGGUCAAGCGACAUGCUCCAAUUAAUGCUGUUGAUGUCAAUGAACCAGGUGGAAAGGCUAAGCAAAUUUUGGAGGGGCAAAAAUUGAAAUCAGAAGAGUGCAGUGCUAGUCAGAGCGAUGGCAUGGAUGUCGAGCAGGGUAGAAUCAACAAGAGGACUGAUAAGAACCGGAGUUUCACAGGCGGGCCAUCCAGUUGGGAUCCAUAUUCAGAGGGUGUCAACACUGACGAAUUGAAAGCUACUCUUGCUUCUCGUGGUUCAGUUGCAGUGCCUAUGAAUCUAGACAAUUUAGGUGAUACUAUUAGAGAUGAAACAAAAUCAGAUGAACCACUUUCAGAUGUUAAUCCAGUAUCUUCCUCGACUGACUCAGCUGGAAAAGAAAUGGCAACGAGCAAAGAAAAAACUUUACAAGAUGCUGUUAAGCCUAAAAACAAGCGGAAAAAGAAGAAAUCGUCUAAUACUGCCGCAGUUUAGAGAAUGCAUGUGUGAUCUAUCUUCUUGAGGUUGAAAUUACUCUGCAUGGUAAUAGUAAAUUCUGUGAGUAAUUGCACAGUUGGAGAGGCUCAUGAAGUUCCUGAUGCAAGGAGUUACAUCAUUGUUUCUCAAAUCGAAGGACAUGAAUUGAAACCAUUGCCAUUGAUGUUCAGUGUGAAUGGAUGAUUAAAGAAUGCCGCAUUUGGUAUCGGUUACCUAGCUUGAGUUCAAAUCACUUGAUCCCGCAGCAGAACUAGUGGCAUUCUGAAAUCUUGAUUUGAACUUCUUUCUCAGACUUGAACUCGGGACUCAGAGGAAAGACUAAAAAUGCUUUGUUCUCGAGAGUUUUCGCUUUUUCUGAGCUUUUGAUGUUUUCUUUGUCCUUGUAGAGGAUUUCUAUAUGUAGAGUUAUAGAGAAAAGACAAACACAUUGUAGACACUCUUCUGCUAGACUUGACUGACCAACUAUUUAUG